AUUCCCAUCCUCCAGCUUCCAUUUUCCGCGACGCGUGUGUGUUGGUGAGAGGCCUGUGUGUGCGGGAGACUCGGAGAUGUCCCUCGCUCGCAAACAAAUAGAAAUAAAAUAAAAUAGCAAACGGAAACGUAAAUCCAGUCCCACUCGAAUUCGAUUUGUGAUUCGUUGAUUCGUCGUGCGGCGCGCUCGCCCCCUCCUCCGCCCGCCCAGAGGCACAUAGCACUGGCAGCGUGGCGAAUGGGAAUGGUCGUGGCCGCUUGGUAGAUAGCGGCGACGAUUUCGAUUGCCAUUUGCAGUUUCAUUUCGAUUCGACAUUCGACGACUGUUUUGUGCGAUGUGCUGCAAGCAAUCGGAGAAGUAGUCGCUGUCGCCGCCGACAUCUGAGCUCGGUCCGCUGUCUCGUCCUCCGCCUUAUUUGCGCCCCGCGCCGACCAGCCCCCGCCCGCGGGUCGGGGAGUGCUUUUCUCCAUUUCGUUUGUGCAUUUCAUCUGCCGUUUCAUUCGUUUUGUACAUUUGGUGUAUUUGUCGCUGAUGCUGUCGAUGCCCGGCCGCGCCGUCGCCCCCGGAGCGGAACUGGAUUCUCGAUUUUCUCGCUCUGUCCCCGUGCGAAUCGAAGAAAUUGCCGCUGGAGUUGGAAUGUAUUCUUGACUUGUGCCGAUUCUAGUGGAAAUCCUCCUCGGCGAGGACGAUGACGGUGACGACGACGAAUCUGAUUGUCUGGCCUGCACUCGACGACUCGUUUCGAUUGGGAUGGAUUUGUGCGACUGUGGCCCCGGGAUUUUGGUCCGGGACGACAUCAGUGUCAGUGCCUCCAGUGGUUGUGCGACGACAGUACCAAACGGCAGUGGCGAAAUCGAGUGUUGUUAGUAUUUGUCAGGGAUUUGUUUUGUCAACUCGGGGGAGAAUCCGACUCUAUUGCGUGCGGGUUGCUCCGUGAUUGUUAUCAUUGCUCUGGAACGGUAGCGAGACGGUACCCGAGGUGCAACGUUCAGAGUCAAUCGCUCAAGCGACUCGAGGUGAUUUGUGCGAAUCCGAUUUCCGUACGUUUGAGGCGGAAGUGAAUUAGUGGACGUUGGAACUUGGCAGCAAACACAACCAACCCCUUCAGUGAUUUCUGGUUUGUUAGCGACAAUUUGAGUAGAACCGAAGCAACCGUUAACUGACAAAAUGUACUUAGUCUCGGGAUUUAAGACCGUUCAGUGAUUUGCUCCUUGAUUAGGGUGAAACGCAUGCAGUUUAGUGAGUUUAUGCAGUUUCUGUGCUUAGACUCUAGUGGAAGGUCCUUCGUCUGACAAUUAAUGCUAUUUUCCCAAAACUGGUCUUUCUGAGGUCAAACUUAUUUCGAGGAGUUUGAAUCUGAAACUGAAAAAGAAAUUUUGGGACUUAGGUAACAGCCCUAUCCGCAAGAUUGCUUGCAAUGCUUUACCCUCUCCUAUUUCUUCGGUGAUUUAACAAUUUCGCGGAGUCCGGUCGGUGAGAGUUCCCAGUGAUAACUUUUUGAAAUGCGUUAAGUCUUCCGCGUAGUGCGUUCCGGAUGGUUCUUAGUGCGAGGUCCACAGUGAAUUACCCGAAUCUUGAAACCAGUUGAAUUGUUUGCAUUUAGUGUGUGUUCUGAUGAGUGCGAUGGAUUCGGCAAUUGAUUCUUUAUCGACUGCCAGUGAUCAUAGUAUGGCUUCAUCGAGCGAUGCCCCAGCAAUAGGAAGCGUCAGUUCAGGCAGUAAAAUGGCCCAAAGCCCCACAAAUUACGCGAACGCUUUGAACAAUAACAAUAAUAACGGCUCGGGUAUGCAGCACCACGGACCCGGGAAUAACGGCGGCGGCGGGAAUCGCUGUUCUAGCCCGAGCAAUUCACCAAUGCGCCACCAGCCUAGUCCCAUGAAUCAUCAAAUGAUGCAAAUGCAGCAUCAGCUAAGUCCCCCGCAUGUUUCCACACCAAACAGCCUGACUGCUGGCAUGGCCCCGCGAAUGGCUCAUUUGCCCCCGCACAGCCUAGGACUCUUGAAUUCCCUUCAAAUGAUGCAUCAUGCAUCGCCUUUAGAACUCAUGGCCGCCGCCCAUCACCAUGUCCCGCCGCGAUCCUACAAUAGUCCGCCACCGAUUUCCACCUCGGACCCAAGUGCCAACGAAUGCAAAUUGGUCGAUUAUCGCGGUCAGAAAGUGGCGGCUUUCAUUAUUUCGGGGGACACAAUGCUAUGCUUGCCGCAGGCAUUCGAGCUAUUCCUUAAACAUCUCGUGGGUGGCCUGCAUACCGUCUAUACCAAGUUGAAACGGUUGGAUAUUGUCCCGCUCGUUUGUAAUGUGGAGCAAGUGAGAAUUUUGAGGGGUCUUGGUGCCAUUCAGCCGGGAGUUAAUCGUUGCAAGCUGCUUUCCUGCAAGGACUUCGAUGUACUGUAUCGCGACUGCACGACUGCCAGAUGCUUAUCAAUCAAGCCACCCGAGAGUAACUCUCUACUAUUUUCCAGCUCUAGACCAGGAAGGCCCCCGAAGAGGGGACCAGUUGGACUCUCACUACCGCCAACACAUUUAUCACAGCAUCCGCAAAUUAAAAAACAUCGAGAUGGAGAUUAUUCAUAUGAAAAUGGUCAUAUAAAUGACAUGUCACGUCUAGAGAAAUCGCCGUUACUUGCCAACGGUUACAAUCCGCCACCAAUUAAUCACAUGGCAUUCAUGCAAAUGAAUCACCAUCCAGGAUCAGCGUUAAUGAGUCCAGGAAUGCCACCCCAUGGAAUGCAUCGACCCGAUUCGACCGGUGGGGCGCCUAUGAUUAAAUCGCAGCCAGGAAUGCCUGGUAUGGAUGCCAUCGCUCGAUCUGGUAUUUGGGACAGUUGUCGGGCAGCUUAUGAAGAUAUCGUCAAACAUUUAGAGAGGCUGCGAGAAGAACGAACGGAGGAUAGGCCUUCGAUAAUUGGCGAUCAAAAGGCACGAGAUCUCAGCUCCAGAAAUGUGAUUUUCCGAUACGUAGGAUCUCCGAAUCGGCAAAGUCCUGUUUUGAAUUUAUCGAAAUCUGCUGGUGAUCAUGGUAGUAAUGGUGAUGUUAGCGAUCGUAGUGAAGUAAAUUCUGCACCACAGUCAAUACGAGAAGACGAGAACCUUAGUGAUGACAAUAUUUCUGAAUCGGAAGGGCAUAAUGAAAAGGAAGAAGUAGACAUGAGUGAUACCGAACGUGAUCUUUCACAACCGCAUUCAAUGGCAACACCCAAUUCAGAAACGCAGCGUGCCCUAAACUAUUCAACCUUAGCUGCAACAGCUGCGGCAGCAGCAGUCAGUACAGGAUCCGGUGGCGGUUUACCGAGUCCUGGCGACAACCCAGAGCAGCAAAGCACUUCAUCGACUGAGACGCUCCUUCGAAAUAUUCAAAGUUUAUUGAAAGUAGCUGCGGAUAAUGCACGACAACAAGAACGACAAAUUAGUUAUGAAAAGGCUGAACUUAAAAUGGAUGUUCUGCGAGAACGAGAAGUUAAGGACUCCUUGGAUCGCCAGCUCAUAGAAGAAAGGAAAUUAAGAGUUUUAUACCAAAAACGUUAUCGACGAGAGAGAAAGCUCCGAAUUCGAUUACAGCAACAGCUAGGAAAUUCCGACAUAAAAAGUAAACCCUCUGAUGAUUUAUCAAAACCACCCUCCAGCACAAACUCCGAAAAUGGAAAAGCAAAUCAAGUAGAAAAUAAAAACACCGAUAAACCAGAUAAGUGUCACAUGCAGGAUCGUCGUCGAAGAUCGGAAAGUCCCCAACAAUAUUCGCGUGAAUGCGAUCGUGAACGUGAUCGUGACCGUGAUCGUGAACGUGACUUAUCCACACAACCUCCGCCACCACCACCCCCACCGAAUGUAGAUAUUAAACCAUGGAAUUAUCCUGGCAUUGAUCUCAUGGCAAGUGGUGCUUUCUGGCAAAACUAUUCAGAAUCCCUAGCGCAAGAAAUCGAAAUGGAGCGUAAAACCCGGCAACAAUCCGCGGAUCGUGAUGUAAAAAGCCCUCUCCAAGAAAGACAACAGAGCUACUAUAAGAAUUCAGUAUUGUUCGGUAGUGCAACUUAAUGUGCCACCAAUACAACGUAAAGACGCUAAUUUUAAAUUAGAAAUUACAUUUAAGUGCUUCGUAGAAGCUCUGUAUGAGAUUUCCCCCCCUUACGUGCAAUCCGACUUUACAGAGAGAGGAGCAACAGUUUGUCUGCAGGUUGAACUCUGCGGCUUCAUACAUAAUAUUCGCCAUAUUAGAAAAUAGAUGCAGAAAAAUCAAAAGGAACAUUUUUAAACUAUUCUCUCGCAUAUAACUAAUUACAGUUUAACAAUCAUAUGAAAUACAUUGAGUAGCGAAAUGACUUUUGCCCAUUUAAUUGGCGGUGCUUAUGCAAUGUGAAAAGUAACUACCGAAACAACGCGGGUGUUUUGUAAGCACUCAUUUGGAAGGAACUGGGGAAAACUAAGAACCUUACUUUCCGUUUCACAGACAGAAAAAAAUAUUAUGUAUAACUUUCACUAUUUAUUAUUAUUAUUUAAUCUGUUUUGACAGUCACACUUUCCUCAAGCAAUUGAAUUAUUCAUCCUUUUCUGUGGUGUUUUGUUCCUAGUUCCUUUCAUCUACAAUCUUCCAAACGUUAAUAGCUUUAUGUUUCCUAUCUUGAAAUGCAUAACAUUUGAACUGAUAUGUCACAAAGCCAUCAGAAAGCACCACUUUUUGUUGGUAUUCAAUUCACUUCAUCAGAAAUAUUCAAAUAUUCGGGAUACAGAGCCUUGAAACUGUGUCCUUGUAAACUACUAGAGCAUACGAGUUGAAAAAGAUAGAACGGUAAGAAACACAGUAAAGGAAGUAAUUAAGAAAAUUUUACUGCAACAUAAGGUAGUGUUCGUCCUUAGAUAAUUACCGACCGAAUAUAAUUUAACAAUUUUCUUAGUAAUUAUCAACUAUGAUAGAUUUAAUUAUACACGAUAACAAUAAAAACUUAAAUUUAAUUAAUACUAAACAUGUAAACUGAAUGUAAAAUGAGAGACUCAUAGAUUAUUACGAAAAUAUUAAACACUAGAAUAAGAAGAACAAUGAAAACGUUGAAAAGUAUUAAGCUGAACAUGAAAUAAUUUAUUUAAUUUUAAAUGUGUUUUUAGCUUGAGUAUUCACAAAUAGAUAUAAAACCGUUUUAAACGAAUAGACUAUUUAAUUUUUUAACGUUCUAUUCUUUCCAUGUGAACAAAAAUUACGUUUAGCUUUCCUUUCGGUCCUUGUUCAUACGGUGCACAUGCAAAUGUAAAUAUAAUGAAUAAGUAGAUAAUAUGUGUACUUACGCUGAUUUAGCAGACAAAUUACUAUUCUUAAAAAGUAUAUUUCAUAGAUGAAAAACAGAAAUAUUAUUCACUUUGAAAAACAAGGAAACAAUUUUGAAGUAAAUUAUUGAUGAAACUAAAAAAACAGUUAAAUUAAGAAAACCACAAAACAGAAAAUAGAAAACAUUUAUGAUAAUUCAAAAUAAAUUAUUAUUUAAAAUAUUCGAAAUAUGUUCAUUGUUUUAUUUAUUGUAAAAACAACUUAAUAGUACGGAAAAAUUGAUAAUGCUAAAGAAUUUUAAAGUAAA